UUUACAUUGUCAAAACGAAAUUAAACUUCUUUUCGGGCAGAACGAUUUUGACUGGUAGCAUAGUAGGAAAACAUCAUUCUUUUGCAAAGGGAGAAAAACGGGUUUCUUCUCAAUCCUUUAUGAAUUUUAAAAGUGGAAGACAUAAAUGUAAUUAAAUUAAGUGUUUUAGGCAAAGUUGUUUUUGAAGCAAUAAAAGAAAAGAUAUACAGAUUGAAAAAUAAAAAAUUGAAAACAUCAAACAUUUCAACAACACAUUCUGCCUCAAUCCACAUUCACAUCAAGGAAAUCGUUAUAAAAAGUUCUCCGUCACCAACUGCAAGGAAAAAAAAAAGAAAAAAUGAGUACAAGCAAUACGGCAGCUGCUACGGCUUCAGGCAACAAAGAAAACCCCCCAGCGGCAUCCAAACUCAAGGGUAUUGUUAAGCAAGUUCUCUCCGGCGAUACAGUAGUAAUCCGCGCUUCUAAAGGGGCACCUCCUCCCGAAAAACAAAUCACUUUCUCCUACGUGUUAGCUCCGAAAUUAGCUCGCCGGCCUGGCGCCGGCGGUGACGAAACAAAGGAUGAACCUUGGGCUUGGGACUCGCGCGAAUUUCUGCGCGAAAAGUUGAUUGGCCAAGAGGUAACGUUCAGCUAUGAGAAACCGCCAAACUCCAAUCGUGAAUAUGGUUUUGUAUGGUGUGGUGAUGAGACCGGUGAGAAUGUUGUACAAACUAUGGUCAAAGAGGGCUUGGUAACUGUGCGACGAGAAAGUCGCCCAUCUGAGCCGUACAAACAAGAAGAAUUACAGAAACUAAUCGAAUUGGAGGAUCAAGCCAAACACGCCGGCCGUGGUAAAUGGUCGAACGUUAACCCCUCCGAAAAAAUACGUGAAAUCAAAUGGACACAAGAAAAUCCCGCCCAUAUUGUUACAUUAUAUAACGGUGAACCGGUUAGAGCGAUUAUUGAACAUGUGCGCGAUGGUUCGACGGUGCGUGCCUUUCUGCUGCCGGACUUCUAUUAUAUUACUCUGAUGAUUUCGGGCAUACGUUGUCCUGGUGUAAAAUUAGAUCAAGAAGGUAAACCAGAUUUAAGUGUGAAGAUUCCGUUUGUCGAUGAAGCACGUUACUUUGUGGAAACUCGUUUAUUGCAACGUGAAGUGAAAAUCCGCCUAGAAUCUGUUAAUAAUGCUAAUUUCAUUGGCACUAUUCUUCAUCCUAGGGGCAAUAUCGCUGAAUCGUUGUUACGCGAAGGAUUGGCGAAGUGCGUGGAUUGGUCAAUGGCUGUAAUGAAAGACCUAUCGUGUGCUGAAAAACUACGCGCCGCUGAACGCAUUGCAAAAGAAAAGCGUUUACGUUUGUGGCAAGAUUUCAAGUUAAAUGCUCAACAUUUGAACUACAAAGAAAAAGAUUUUACAGGCACAGUAGUGGAGGUGUUUAAUGGCGAUGCUAUCAAUGUUAAACUUCCUAAUGGUUUAAUUAAAAAAGUGUUCUUUUCAUCAAUACGCAUUCCCCGAGAUACCCGUUCUGUUGUAGGGGCCGACGGUGAGGAAGUUGUCAAAGCUCCGCCACGUGGUAAGAAUUACCGACCGUUGUACGAAAUUCCCUUUAUGUUUGAGAAAAAUAAAUUGAAAAGCGUUUAUAACUGA